CAUCACGUUUGAUGCUUGAAAUCAUGCAUAUAUGUUACCAACAUGAUAAGCUUAACAGGUACGGAUCCUGAUUCGAGCUUUCUGUAUUCGAUCUUUUGCAGACGUGUUGAGUCUAUGGAGAAGAAGGGGUGGGGUGGUCUUUUGGCGAUCGAUACCCGGACAAUCCAAAAAAUAUCAUAUUAUCAUAUGAAUAUGAAGAGCAAUGGCGGACCCAGAAACUUUAUUAAGGGUAUUCAACGAUAGACCAAAAUCACUAAGGGUUGUCAAAUAGUAUAGUAUCUCAAUACUAUCACCACUAAAACAAAAUUUUACAAAAAAUUUUUGUCCCAAAUUUAGACUAACUUGGGUCCUCCCCUGAUGAAGAGUCGAGCAGAAAAGAGAGUUUUAGAGAGUCCAAGUGCGUAUGUAAUAGUGAGGAGAGGAGAAAAAUCAUUUUAUCAUGGAGGGAUUAGUUCGCCUUUAUAUUUGGAUCCAUGUGUAUAUAGUGAAUACUAGCUAUCAUUCGCCUCGAUCUAGUCAUGCUAACAUUCACAAAAUCUAAUGAAACUCGAAUAUAAAUAGAUGUUUGAUUUAAAAUUAAACCCUAAUUCAUUACGAAAAUAAAAUUCUUAUGGAUCCCAAUACUAAAUAAUUAAAUAUAACUGUAUGCAAGUGGACUAAAGAUGUGUUUAGAUCUUGGAAAUCCUGUUAAAGAACAGAGAAAACCCAAUCACAUGAAUAUAACAGCUCCCUGAACAAACAAAAAUCCCAAUAAUAUGUCGAUCAAUUCAUAUAAUUAUAUUAUAUUCAAACGACAAGUGAAUAAAUAAAGAAGAAAAGGAGAAAAGAAAAAAAAACAAACGGAAUAACACACGUGCUGCGUCUCCGUGGAUUCGACGCCGGCCGGCGACUUGUACGGGUCGGGUCACGGCGAAGGGGAGAAAACGGAAACCCGGUAAGACAGACAGUCACCUAACCCGACAACGUAAGACCAAUUACCGCGAGCGAGCUACCAAAAUAAAUAUCUUGCAAGCGCUCUUUCUCUCUCUCUCUCUCUCUGGUCUCAGAAAGCCACAGAGACCACUUUCCACCUCUGCGUUUCUACAGCUUUCCUUCUUUCUCCAUUCUUUGAACAAAGCCGAAGCAUUUCUCGUAUUCAUUUUCUCCUUGUCGUUUGGUAUCUGUCUCCAAUGUUGGGUUCCUUUUGAAGAGGGUUAGCUAAGGAAUAAUCAGAGUGAACAAACACUACCCGCCACUUCGCCGAAUCUCUUUUGACUUCCUUCCAAGCUGCCGCCACCAGGUUCGUGUUAAAAGAGAGGAUAAGCUCUCUGGAUUGUCUCUCGCCCGCCCUUGUCCUUUCUUUUCACCUCUUUUUGGGAAAAUUGCCGAGGAGAAAACGAGUUUCAGUUCUAUUGGGGGUCUUUGAUUCCCUGCCAUGGAUAAAUGGCAUCCUUCAAUUUCCCUCCUUUUAGGUUCUCUCCAUAAAACUGCACGGAUUUCCUGGGGUAGGAAUUCGAGCUGUUGAACGGAGGUUUUGAGUCCAGUGCGAGAAAGAACAAGUAUGGCGACUUGAUGAAAAAGCUCCCUUCUUUCUCCCUUUCAUGUGCCAUUUUGUUUGUAAAAAUGGAAGGGCAGCUCCAUUUGAAUACCCUGAUUUUGAUUUCCCUUUUUCUUGUAUGUAUGAUUGAUUUCUUAAUUUGGGUUUGAAUCAUGUUCUGAUGGUGUUGGGAAGCUUCUGCUACUAGAAGCACAUGGAAAUUGUAGCCAUGAGUCUUGCAGCUGUUGUUCUGUGUCUUAGUUUAUAAUAUUUCCCCAGCAAGAAUAGUCAAUUCUUGUCUGCUGGAGGGCAUCUGACCAGGAAUAGGAUUUGCUUUGCUUUCAUUUGAUUUGAUUUGGAUUCUAUUGAUUGCACCUGGUCAUGCUUCUUCUAGAAGACAGUUGACAAUUUUGGUUUCCCUUUAGGUCAUUCAUUAGCUCAUAGGCUUUCCCUUAUGCUUAUACCUACCUGGUCCUUUUCUCUCUAAUGUCAAAAACAGGUUGAAUCUUGAUACACUAGGUCUUGAGAAAGAUUCAAGAGUUUAUCAGUCAUUACACAAUGUUCCGUCGGAAGGCUAUUAUUACUCACCAGGAACCUGAGAAUGAUUCUCAGCAACAAGAGGCUAAGAUUAACGAACUCAAGGCUGCCAUAGGUCCUUUAUCUGGCCAGAGCUUGAAGUAUUGCAGCGAUGCGUGCUUCAGAAGGUAUCUGGUAGCACGGAAUUGGAAUGUGGAGAAAGCAAAGAAGAUGCUGCAAGAAACCCUCGAAUGGAGGUCGAGCUAUAAGCCUGAAGAAAUCCGUUGGCCUGAGGUUGCACAUGAAGGCGAGACUGGGAAGAUAUACAGAGCCAGUUUCUGUGACAGACAAGGAAGGCCUGUGCUUAUUCUCAGGCCUGGAAUGCAGAACACGAAAUCAUUCGACAACCAAAUCCGCCACCUGGUGUACAUGCUCGAGAAUGCUGUGAUCAACCUACCAGAGGGUCAAGAACAGAUGACUAUCCUCAUCGAUUUCACAGGCUGGUCGAUCACCAACAAUGUGCCCAUCAAGACAGCACAUGAGACCGCCUCGAUUCUGCAGAACCACUACCCGGAGAGGCUAGCUGUCGCGCUUCUCUACAACCCUCCUAGGAUCUUUGAAGCGUUCUGGAAGGUCGUGAAGUACUUUUUGGAUCCCAUGACGUCUCAGAAGGUGAAGUUUGUGUACCCGAAGCGGAACAAAGAGAGCGUCGAGGUAAUGAGGUUGCACUUUGAUGAUCAGAACUUGCCCGCUGUCUUCGGAGGGCAAGGUGACCUGCAGUAUGACCAUGCCGAGUUUUCGAAGAUGAUGAUUCUGGAUGAUGUGAAGACUGCUUCUUUCUGGGGGCUUGAUGCUGCCAAGUUGAAUGGUAUUGAAUUAGGUCCUACUGAGUCUCGUGUGUGAGAUUUAUGGGGGAAAUUGCAUGCUAGCUAUUCGCUAAGCUAAGCAGCUCUUCUCUGUAUGAGUUUAUAUAUUUUGUGGUUGUUAUCUCACCACUGGAAAGACUGAUUUCAAAUCAGCUUAAUUUCUUGUUAGUUUAGAAGAGAAGAAGGGUGUCCCCUCUCUUUGAGCUAUUAAAUUUAUCUAUUCUUAUCUAAUUAUAAAGUAACGAUUUAAUCGGCUACAUUCGACUCAAAUCCGAUCUAUUGUAAGGUGAUGUAUGACCUUAUAACUCGAUUAAGAUUGAGUAAUAAUAAGCAAUGUUAUUAAAG